AAAGGCCGAGUGAUUCAGUCAGUGAUGCUGGUUUGAGGCCCCAGCAGACCGUGAGAAACAGGUAGUCCAGUGUCGGGCUGUCCCUGGGUCUGCUGCUGACUUUAGCCACUGCGCUUCUCCUCUCUCCUUGCCAAUCCGUUUUCACAGGAUAGAGCCUUCCAGGUCCCAGACUCUUGGCAACAGUAUUGUUCUAGGACAGAACUCUCUGCUCUAGAAUUGCUGGAGCAUCUAUUACAAACGCAGGUUUCUGGGUCUCAGUGGAGCAGAAUCCGUGGAGGUGGGACUCAGGAAUCUAUAUUACAAAUGAUUUCAACAGUUGCUCGAAAUUUUAAGGACUGAUCUGGAAGGUGGGAAGGAGCUUUGCUUGUUUUUGCUGUCCAGCACGCCUGCUGGGGCUGGACAUUAUUAGUCUCACUCCAAAUGACCUUGCUGAUGGCCCUUUCCAGGUUUACCUCCAAAUCUAAGUACAAAAUGUAGAAUAAUACAUCUCCAUGUGACCAUUUUUUCAUUUAAGCCCUUUGUUUUACAGAUGGGGAAACUGAGGUCCAAGGUCAUAGUGGGUUAGGACUGGCAUCCGGGACCGACAUCCUUCCCUCUAAAAUUCUGGUGGCCCUUGGGGUUGGGGGCAGUGGGCGAGUGCUGCGCAGCAGGGGCGGGGGCAGGAUCGAGGGUGGCUGCCUGUGUUUCAGCCUGGGCAGCGUGGAUGGCUUGGCAGGCGAGUGUGCCCGAGCUAGAGGACCAGCUUCAGUGUCCCAUCUGCCUGGAGGUCUUCAAGGAACCCCUGAUGCUGCAGUGCGGCCACUCCUACUGCAAGGGUUGCCUGGUCUCCCUGUCCUGCCAUCUAGACUCGGAGCUGCGCUGCCCCGUGUGCCGGCAGGCGGUGGAUGGCAGCAGCUCCCCGCCCAACGUCUCCCUGGCCCGGGUGAUCGAAGCCCUGCGGCUCCCCGGGGACCUGGAGCCCAAGGUCUGCACGUACCACCGAAACCCACUCAGCCUCUUCUGUGAGAAGGACCAGGAGCUCAUCUGUGGCCUCUGUGGCCUGCUGGGCUCCCACCAGCACCACCAAGUCACUCCAGUCUCCACUGUCUACAGCCGCAUGAAGGAGGAGCUCGCAGCACUCAUCUCUGACCUGAAGCAAGAGCAGAAGAAAGUGGAUGAACAUAUCGCCAAACUCGUGAACAACAAGACCCGGAUUGUCAAUGAGUCUGAUGUCUUCAGCUGGGUGAUCCGCCGUGAGUUCCAGGAGCUGCACCACCUGGUGGACGAGGAGAAGGCCCACUGCCUGGAGGGGGUAGAGGGUCACACCCGUGGCCUGGUGGCUUCUCUGGACAUGCAGCUGGAGCAGGCCCGGGGCACUCGGGAGCGGCUGGCCCAGGCCGAGCGUGUGCUGGAGCAGUUCAGUAAUGAGAGUCACCACGAGUUCAUCCGGAAGUACCACUCCAUGGCCUCCAGAGCAGAGCUCCAGCAGGCCCGGCCUUUGGAAGGCACGUUCAGCCCCAUCUCCUUCAAGCCGGGACUCCACCAGGCCGACAUCAAGCUGACUGUGUGGAAAAGGCUCUUCCGGAAAGUUCUGCCAGACCCAGAGUCUCUCCAGCUGGACCCUGCCACUGCCCAUCCCCUCCUGGAGCUGUCUAAGGGCAACACAGUGGUGCAAUGUGGGCUCCUGACCCAGCGGCGUGCCAGCCAACCCGAGCGCUUCGACUACAACACCUGUGUCCUGGCCAGCCAGGGCUUCUCCUGCGGCCGCCACUACUGGGAGGUGGUGGUGGGCAGCAAGAGUGACUGGCGCCUGGGGGUCAUCAAGGGCACAGCCAGUCGCAAGGGCAAGCUAAGCAAGUCCCCGGAGCACGGCAUGUGGCUGAUUGGCCUGAAGGAGGGCCGGCUGUACGAGGCCUUCGGCUGCCCACGUGUGCCCCUGCCGGUGGCGGGCCAUCCCCACCGCAUCGGGGUCUACUUGCACUACGAGCAGGGAGAGCUCACCUUCUUUGAUGCCGACCGCCCUGAUGACCUGCGGCCACUCUACACAUUCCAGGCUGACUUCCAGGGCAAGCUCUACCCCAUCCUGGACACGUGCUGGCAUGAGAGGGGCAACAACUCACUGCCCCUGGUGUUGCCCCCACCCAGCAGGCCUGGCCACCUCAGCCCCCCACCUCCUACCAAGCUGUAGGGCUGCC